AUACUUGUGCUUUCCCUGUAGGAAUGUAUCCUGUCGGGGAUAAUGUCGGUGAAUGGAAAGAAAGUUCUUCACAUGGAUAGAAACCCAUAUUACGGAGGAGAAAGUGCAUCUAUAACGCCGCUGGAAGAUUUAUACAAAAGAUUUAAGAUACCUGGAGCGCCACCAGCGUCAAUGGGGAGAGGAAGAGACUGGAAUGUCGACUUAAUUCCCAAGUUCCUUAUGGCUAACGGUCAGCUGGUUAAGAUGCUGCUUUUUACAGAGGUCACUCGCUAUCUGGAUUUCAAAGUGACUGAAGGGAGUUUUGUCUAUAAGGGAGGAAAAAUCUACAAGGUUCCUUCCACUGAAGCAGAAGCCCUGGCAUCUAGCUUAAUGGGGCUGUUUGAAAAACGUCGCUUCAGGAAAUUCUUGGUGUUUGUUGCCAACUUCGAUGAGAAAGACCCCAGAACUUUCGAGGGCAUCGACCCUAAGAAGACGGUGAUGCGAGAGGUAUACAAGAAGUUUGACCUGGGCCAGGACGUUGUAGACUUUACCGGCCACGCCCUGGCGCUUUACAGGACUGAUGACUAUUUAGAUCAGCCGUGUGUUGAAACCAUUAACAGGAUUAAACUUUAUAGUGAGUCUCUGGCGAGAUAUGGCAAAAGCCCCUACCUUUACCCACUCUAUGGCCUUGGAGAACUGCCACAAGGGUUUGCAAGGCUGAGUGCUAUUUAUGGGGGCACCUACAUGCUGAAUAAACCGAUCGAAGAAAUCAUUGUGCAGAAUGGAAAAGUGGUUGGUGUGAAGUCUGAAGGAGAGAUCGCUCGCUGUAAGCAGCUCAUCUGUGACCCCAGCUACGUGAAGGACCGAGUGGAGAAAGUGGGCCAGGUGAUCAGAGUGAUCUGCAUCCUUAGCCACCCCAUCAAGAACACCAGCGAUGCCAACUCCUGCCAGAUCAUCAUCCCGCAGAACCAGGUCAACCGCAAGUCGGACAUCUACGUCUGCAUGAUCUCCUCCGCACACAACGUGGCUGCGCAGGGCAAGUACAUCGCCAUCGUCAGCACGACCGUGGAGACCAAGGAGCCCGAGAAGGAAAUCAGACCAGCUCUGGAGCUCUUGGAGCCGAUAGAGCAGAAAUUCGUUAGCAUCAGUGACCUCCUUGUACCAAAAGAUCUGGGGACAGAAAGCCAGAUCUUUAUUUCCCGCACGUACGAUGCGACCACUCACUUCGAGACAACCUGUGAUGACAUCAAGGAUAUCUACAAGAGGAUGACAGGGUCCGAGUUUGACUUCGAGGAGAUGAAGCGCAAGAAAAACGACAUCUACGGGGAGGACUAGCAGCAGCGCAGCCGCCGCCAUCAGGACAGACGUAAACUUUGGCAGAUGACGUGUAUUGUAUGAGAUCAGUGUUGUAAGGCCUGCUUUUGUGAUCAGAACUGAGAUUGCAGAGCACUGUACCAGUAAAUGUUCCUCCCCUUUCUAACAUCAUGUAUUAACUUGUUUUCAUGGAGUGGCUAUGCAGAAUUGGCAGGUGCCCACAUUCUGUCCAAUUUAACCUAUACUGGCUUGAUUUUUCUAGUGAAGGAUCAGUUUUAAAACAUUGUGAUACUGAUACAGAGAACUCGAUACGGCAUUUGUAUCUUUUAAUCAGUGUGUAGCCUUUGCCAUUACUGCUUCUGCUGCUCCAGAGCGGACCGCGUGCCACCUGCUACCUGUCCUCCAGACGCGGAGGAGGAAGACUGGAAUUGACUUCUCCAUCACUGGGGACAGCAUCCCCCACCACGCCCGUCCCCUUACGUGUCUGUCAAGUAUUACGGCAGUGCCCAGGCAGCACGGCCCGACUCUGCUUUACGUGGGCCUCAAAUUCUAACGAACUCCAGCAUCUGAGUCAUUUUGGAGGGAGCCUGUGUGCGGUGUUUAACCUAGUGAGAUUGAUGAGAGCAGAGGGAGAGACCCACCAUACAGCAGGUAAACCUAGAAGCUUCUUUGGUAUCCCAGGUGUGGCCUCUUCCACGGACCAAGCUGCAACGCAGUAUUGACUUGACAGAGCCCCCACUCCAGCGGUGUCUGUACUGCAAAAUAAAGCCCCCCCUGGAAACCA